UCCAAUGUUUGACUUGUAAAUCAGAAUGAUUCUCCAAAACAUCAUCCAGUUAUCUAACUAAAAUUAAGAAUACCAUAUUCCUGAUUGUGAUUAGAAGGAGAGCAGCUCAUAAUCCCUAUAUUGAGGUUGCUAGUCACUUUUCAUUAUUAGAGGUUCUUUGUAUUCUCCAUUUUGUAUGUAGUUUAUAUACAUUUAUCUGUAGAUAAUCUUGCCAAGCAUGGACAAUUGGAGCAGGUUGAAUAAUCAAAUCAGUUUUGUGAUCCAUCUUGUCUAACUGAACACGAAUUGUCUGAGUAUUUUAUUAAGGCUUUGCCUGAGAUGUAUUCAAUUUACAUCUCAAUUCUGCAGUAAACUCCUUAUGGGGAAGACCCCAUACAAUCUUUUUGCAGCGAGCUGAUUCUUCCUGGGCACAGAGGCUUUCCAGGGGGAACUCAUUGCAGGGAUUAGUUCACAACUUUUUCAAUAAAACGUUCAGAGCCAGCUCUUUAGAAGCACACAUACCCCAUACAUUCCUGUUGUGCAAUGGAACUGCUGAAUUAUGAGCACCCUUAAACUCUUUGUUUUUAUAUUUUUUCAUUUUUGUUCACAUAUACAGACAAUAAGUGAGUUUCUGAAUGAAGUUUUGCAGUUCAGAUCUGUUUCUAUAUUUGCUGUUAUAACAUUGUCCUGUGCUUUCAGUGUUUACAUUUUACAAAGCUUUACAGGCUUCAUAUAUUACUUAAGCCCUAAAUUUUUGGAAACUGUGAGGAAAGUUAACCUGAACGUUUCCCAAGAAUAAUAUGACAACACUCAUUUACACUGAUUAUGGUUGCAGCCAAAUAAUAAAACAUUAAAUGGAGACAUUAAGUAUAAUGAAAAGAAAUAAAAAUGUGUGGUUUUUUUCCCUUCUUCCAGGAAGAUGUUGAUAUUCCCAAUAGACGUGUUCUAAUUACAGGAGCUACUGGGCUUCUUGGCAGAGCUGUGUACAAAGAAUUUAAUCAGAACAAUUGGCAUGCAGUUGGCUGUGGAUACAGUAGAGCUCGACCAAGAUUUGAACGAGUUAAUCUUCUGGACUCUGUUGGGGUUCAUGACAUUAUUCAGGAUUUUCGGCCUCAUGUGGUAGUGCAUUGUGCUGCUGAGAGAAGACCAGAUGUUGUAGAAAGUCAAGCAGAUGCUGCUUCUCAGCUCAAUGUGGCUGCUUCAGGGAACUUAGCAAAAGAAGCAGCUGGAAUUGGAGCAUUUCUGAUCUACAUUAGUACAGACUAUGUGUUUGAUGGAACAAAUCCUCCUUAUAAAGAGAGUGAUGAACCAAAUCCUCUAAAUCUUUAUGGUAAAACUAAACUAGAAGGAGAAAAGGCAGUCUUUGAAAAUAAUGAAGGUGCUGCAGUGCUCAGAAUUCCUAUCUUAUAUGGGGAGGUGGAAAGGCUGGAAGAGAGUGCUGUAACUGUUAUGUUUGAUAAAGUGCAGUUCAGUAACAAAUCAGCUAAUAUGGACCAUUGGCAACAGAGGUUUCCUACCAACAUCAAGGAUGUAGCUAGUGUUUGCCGACAGCUUUCAGAGAAGAGAAUGCUGGAUCCAUCAAUAAAAGGAACAUUUCACUGGUCUGGUAAUGAACAGAUGACCAAGUAUGAAAUGGCAUGUGCUAUAGCAGAUGCUUUCAACCUUCCCAGCAGCCACUUGAGACCAACCUCAUCGCUCAUGACAACGGUCACCUCCACCACAUGGACCUGCACUCUCUUCAUCUCACAGCAUGAUGGCACCAUGGUUGAACCCCACUGAGCUGGCCUGUCCUGAGCUGGUCUGUUGGGUUGUUCUCAGCAGUAGAAACCUUCCACUUGACUCACAUGUCUGGUGAAAUGGAAGCUCUUCUCCUUUUGGUGUAGAAAAUUUUAGUGUUUCAUGAAAUAUAGCUUUCUUGUAGUAUAAGAAUGAAUGUUAAACAAUUAUAACUGUCUGUCGCUCUUCUCUGGUUAGCAUCAAACAGACUGCUUGUGUCCGUAUCUGAUGUCAAGACAGAAAGAAAUCAGAAGGAUCCUUACGAUUCAGCAUUUUCACACUAUUGCUUUUAGAAGUAGUUAGACUAUAGAUUGUGUUAGUAAUUUUUUUAAUUCAUUCAUCCUAAUAGAAGCUUUUUAUUGGAAAUAGAUUUAUACAUUUUGUAUGGACAAUUGUAUCCCUUUUCUCAUGUGUGAAUAAAUAAUUGUGUAGUUCCUAGGGAAAGGGGAGUGAAUGAGUUUGGAAUGUGAGUGUUGGGAGAGGAAGCAAUAAAAUGCAGAGGUGCCAAGCUACCACCAAUUGGGCCCAAUAUAAGACAGACGAAUGCAGGACAUUUUAGAUGGCCUUGGAGUGUUGAGGAUAAGCAUCCCUUUACAAACAAGACAGCCUUGAGAUCAACACUGGUAUGGAGGCACCAACAUACUGAUGUCAGAGUAAAGAAUAACUCCCAGACAAACAGAUAUUAAGCAGAAUGGAUAGUGAUUAAAAGAUGAUGCAGCAAAACAUAUAGACUUAAAUGGAAGAAAAGUAUUAUAAAAGAUGUCAUCUUGUCAAGAUUGAAGCAUCAAUCCAGACUGAAAGAAGCCCCUGUUCCUCCUCCUCACACUUAAUGCACCUGGCCAGUGAGUUAAUGUGAGCAACAGACUGGUAACUUUAAGUAAAAGCAAGAUGGGCUUUGUGUGUGUGUGCGUGUAGGUGUGUGUGAAUAUGCAUAUAACAUAAUAGUGUUACAUUGUUAAUAAAUAUGGAGUUUUGCUUUAUCCCCCUAAAAAGAUCCUGUGAAAUUCUUUCAAGUAUAACAUUGGUGUCUCCAGUGUGAUCUGAUGCCCUUGUCGGCCUCCAUUCUCCAGGUGCUAGAGUACCUGGUAUUCUUGAAACAUCAGAGCCUAGCUACCACCUUAUUGAAGUUCACCUGGCAUCUAUUUUGGCCUUUCCGUCAAGUGGGGCUGGUCGCUACAUCCUCUCAAGCCCCCUGAUUGGGCACUUUCUCAAGAGUAUGGAUAGGCUCCACUUACCAGUCCCGCACCUGGCCACUGCGUGGCAUCUCAACCUGGUCCUCUCAGCGCUCACAGGUCCCCCCUUCCCUUGAGCCUUUAGCAACAUGUUCAUUACUUUAUCUUUCAUGGAAGGUGGCUUUUCUUGUUGCCUCCCCUUUGCUAGAUGAGUGUCAGAAAUCUGUGCUCUGUCUGAACCCCCCCAUAACACAGUCUUCCAUAAAGAUAAGGUUCUGCUUCACCCUCACCCAGCUUUUCUCCUGAAAGUGGUCUCUAUCGUCCAUCUAGGUUAGGACAUUUUCCUUCCAGCUUUCUAUCCCAAGCCUAACCAGAGCUCGGAAGAAGAGACCACACUCACUAAAUGUCAGACAAACUCUUGUAUUAUACAUCAACAAGAUUAAGCCCUUUCCUAAAUAGUCACAGCUGUUCAUAGCAGUUGGCAGACCGGACAAAGGGGCUACCAGUCUCAUUGCAGUGCAUCUCCUGGAUCAUGGCAUGCAUCCUCACGUUAUGACCUUGCUAAACUUUUCCCACCGCCUUUCAAGACACACUCCAUGUGGGUGCAGUCCUUCUCAGCUACUUUUCUGGCUCAUAUUCUUCUCUAGGAAAUCUGCAGUGCUGUGACACGGUCCUCAGUUCAUACCUUUAUGUACACUACACUAUUGUACAUCAGUCCAGACAUGAUGCAGCUUUUGGGGCCACAGUCCUUGAGUCAGCUUACUCAUUUCUCCAACCCUUUCUCCUGGGUAAGGCUUAUGAUUCACCUCAAUUGGAAUACAUAUGAGCAAGCACUCGAAGAAGAAGAAUGGUUACUCGCCUUUGUAACCGUUGCUCUUCAAGAUGAGUUACUCGUAUCUAUUCCAUACCCACCCUCCUCCACUGUUGGAGUAGCUGGAAAGAAGGAAAUGAGGGGUGGUCGGGUCAGCAGGGUCACAUAGCGUAUGCUGCACCGAAGCCACUUGGAGGGGCUCCACAGCCGACCUAAAGGAUAGCAGCUAGGGAAACCUUUCCAGCUGUCAUUCAUGUGGCGCAUGCACACCUCAGUUGGAAUAGAAGAACAAGUUACAGAGGUGAGAAACUUUUUUCCUGCCUUGUAGAGUUGCCUUGGAAAGGCAGAUGCUCACACAGGCUUUUUUAAAAAAACAUUGGCGUGGGGAAGUAAGGGCUAUAGUGAGGGGGAUGUGAUCUGCCUCUCUCCACUUAUAACCUUUCUCUCCAAAACACAGACCUUUACUAUUUCAGCUCAGGAGUAACUCAUUUAGCCAGAUGAUGGUAAUAGUAGAUGCUUAUCCCUUCAUGUGUGCCAGUCACUAGAGGAAAACAAAGAUACCCUGGGCUUAGGCACUACACAUUUCUUCUGUCUGGAGGAGCUCAUCCUGAUUCUCUGAGAUAUGCAGCUGUUUACAGCCCUGUACAGAUCACCAUUAGAAAGCCUCCCCAGCUCCCCAUAUAGGUCAUCAUAGAGAAUUUGAAUAGAUGUGGAUCCAGUAACCAUGUCUGCAGGAGCUCACAACUGGGAGUGCCUUUCUCAGGGAGGACUAUCCAAACAAGGCAGAUACUCCCAAACUUCGUGUGUGUUUUACAGGUAGAUUUUACCAAGCCAUUGACAAUUGUGAAUUUCUGGAUCAGUUUUACCAUGGAGGUACAGAGUCUAGGAACUACCUUGCCACCAAAGCAAAUGGGAUGGCGUGAUAAAUGGUCACUUUCACAAAGAAUCACACCAGAUUCAAGACUCGGGGACCUCCCAAGGGCUCAGGCACCCCUUUUGAUUCUCU